AUUACCUCAAGAAUCGAUCAAGAUGUAUUGCAGGUCUGCCUACGUUUCCGAUUUUUUCUCCCUGGCGGGGUCUUUCCACGCGCCCGUGGUGCUAUAGAUGGACAAAGUUUAACACAACCAGGCUGCCAACUCCUUUCCUCUGUUGCAAGGAGGAAAAGGGAAGACGAGAUAUGACGGAAUACGAUGAUCGCGGCUGUGCGUCGAAUAUGUUUUUGCCGAGCUGCACUUAUUACGUUUCGACGCCCGAUUUUACAUCAGUCUCCUCCUUUUUACCGCAGACCACUUCGUGUCAGAUUAAUUUCCCUUAUUCUCCCAACAUAGCCCAAGUCCAACCUGUUCGAGAAGUCGCUUUCAGGGAUUAUGGACUGGACCAUCCCAAAUGGCACUACAGGGGCAAUUACGCGUCUUACUACUCCACGGACGAGAUAAUGCACCGGGACUUGAUCCAGUCCUCCGGCGGCAGGGCGGAUGUGAUAUUCAAAAACGAGUCCUUGUACGGCCACCACGGUGGGACUAGCUCGCCGUGCAAUUUCUUCACCAGCGCCGGCCGAAACGGGAUUCUCCCCCAGGGCUUUGACCAGUUUUUUGACGCUUCUAACUCGGACAAGACCAACGCGGAUCUCCCCAAACAAAAGGCAGACUCUGCCGUUCCCGAUGAUGCUUCCAACAGCAACCGGGCUUUAACCAGCCUAGAACAGCACAAGGAUGACCCGUCCGGGAGCGGCGACGAGGACUCGUCCUCCAACUGCGGCGACAAGAACCAGCAACAGAGUUCAUCAACCAAGUCCAGGAAGAAGAGGUGUCCUUACUCCAAAUACCAAAUCCGAGAACUUGAACGAGAGUUUUUCUUCAACGUGUAUAUUAACAAAGAGAAGCGGCUUCAGCUUUCCAGGAUGUUAAACCUUACAGAUCGGCAAGUGAAGAUUUGGUUUCAGAAUAGAAGAAUGAAAGAGAAAAAGCUGAACCGCGACCGCCUACAGUAUUUCACUGGGAAUCCUUUAUUCUGAUACCUGAGUCACACACAAACAUCAUACACACACACACACGGGGUAAAUAAUACACACUUGUGUUACAGACUGAUCCUGUAUAUAACAUAUUAAACUCUAAUCAAACUGUUGAUUUCUCCCUCAAAAAUCAGGCUUUUAGUAAAACAAGCCGCCAUUUUUUCCCCCAUCAUUUACGGCAUUUAUUUAUUUGUAUUCAGAUAUUUUCGCUACCACUAUUAUUAUUAUUAAUAUUAUUAUUAUUAUUAUUAGUGUUAUUUGCGACAAAUAUUAAAUCAAAAUUCGAGCUGUGCUUUAAAAUUAUUUAUAUUAAAUAUCCGUAGGCUACUUCCUUGUGUAUGUACGUUUGUGAGACGCAUGUAGUGUACAUUGUGGUGUGAAAUAAAGUGAGUCACAUGAAUUCAACCAAGUUCAACGAAAAAUAACAUAGGGGGGAAUUUCCUAUAGAUGCAUCAGUGGAGCAACUUGGCGCUUGCAGGCUUAUUUCCUUUGCUUUGAAACACUGGAUUGUUUACUAAACAUUGAACCGUCUAGACAGUACAAUAAAAGUAGCUGUAAAUGUCUAAAUAGGGGGCUAUUGGACUGUGGUGUCCCAACCCCCAGACCACAUGAGGACUGAUUCUCCUUCCUGCCUUAAAGUACUUUAACUCCAGGCUAGAAAUACUUGGAGUAUCCAAGAGAUUUUUACGCGUCCGUAUUUAGCCCCUUGGGCAUCUUGGUAAUGUAAGAGGAUAUUCUAACAAGGAUCGACACCCGGAAGGAUAAGUAAUUCUUCAAGCUUAUCUCCUUUUGUAGCAUUGGAAACAUAGAAUCUAUGUGUCUGAUCGGUCCACAGAUUUCCCACCUCCGUCUUUAAUUAUUGCAGGUGAAACGGUUCCAUCUUGGCGCAGAAUAACCGUAAACCGGCUGUGCACGAAAUCGUCUAUUUCCAUGCUUCAUUUUUUUUACCAUUGUGUUAUUUUUCUACACCAGCGGGGAGACGGAGAAAAUAAAUGCGCUAAUUCCACACAAACAGUCGCUUUAUUGAUAAUUCAUGUGAUGCAGCAGGUCAUUAUUUUCACCGCGCAGCAACAAUUAAAGCUCUUGUUAGAGAAAAGUUAACGUCAUUGUUGAUGAAUCACAUUUACAGUUAUUU